AUGGUACGUGAUAUACUAAUCCGUGUGAUGUCUACAGUUCCAUUGGAGUCUUGUUUUAGUGCAGAUAACUACCGCUUGGCUAUCCUGGAAGCCAAACCUAACACUUUCCUGAUCCCCCACCACUGGGAUGCAGAUGUUGUUGUCAUCAUUGUUAAGGGGAAGGCAACAAUCAACUUGGUGCGCAAUGAUAACAGGGAAUCCUACAAUCUUGAGUGUGGAGAUAUAGCUAGGAUUCCUGCUGGACCGAUGAUCUACUUGGUGAACAGAGACGACAACGAAAACCUCCAAAUAGUCACACUCUUCAGGACCAUCUCAACUCCUGGCCACGUCUCAAAAUUCUUCAGCGCCAGCAGCGAAGAUGGGGAAUCAUUCUACACUGCAUUUAGCAAUGAAAUCCUGGAAGCCGCUCUAAAUACUCCAAAAGACAAGAGGAUGUUGGGAGAGAAAAGGAAGGGAGUGAUGAGGGAGGCGUCAAAGGAGCAGAUUAAGGCCAUGAGCGAGCAGGCUUCUUCAUCAUCAAAGGGCGGGCGAUGGUGGAGCAUACACAAAAGUUUCAUAAUUCCACUAGGGCAUGUGUUCACCGUCGUUGCUUCCGAGAAAGAGAAUCUGCAGAUAAUUGUAUUCAGGAUAAACACCCAGGAUAACAAGAGGAACUUCACCGCUAGGAAAGAACACAACGCCUGGCCUUCUGCAAGCCUUCAAAUCCAACCCACUUUCGCCUUCAGAACAAUAUCUCCUUCUUCAUCUCGAUUCUCGAGUGGAGAAUCAAAGGUCUCUCUGGAGUCAGAAUCUGCAAUUAAAAGGCGGAUUUUGGAUGCGGGUCUUGGCCGUCUAGCAGCCUCAAUGGUGUUUUCUGUGCCAUUGGAUGCUAAUGCAACCAGGAUUGAGUACUACUACACUGUUUCUGAACCGUGCUGUGAGCUCAGCUUCGCGCCGUCUGGACUUGGUUUCUGCGGCGUUGCUGUAGGAACUGGACCCGUGGCUCCUCUCGGAGAGCUUCUCAAUAUUCACUACACUGCAAGGUUUGCAGAUGGGACUGUCUUUGACAGUAAUUAUAAAAGUGCAAGAUAA